GCUGUGGCUGCUGUUCCUGCUGUUACAAGUUUUCUUCUUCUCUCGGCUUUCUCUCCUCGACCGAACAAGGUGUGUGCUUGGUGCGUUCCGCUGUAGGUUUGCAGCAAUUUUCACAAAAGUUUCAAAGUCGAGUUUUGAAACACCACAAUUUUGGUGUUAAACUAUUAUAUUCUACUUCCAUCAAAGCUCAAGUGUAAAGUGAAACGUAAAGCGAGUGUUUGUAGACGAAAGUGAGGCUGACAGUGCGAAAUUCAAUUGAACUAGAAAAUUUCUUCAUUCGACGCCAUCUUUUUUUCAUCGAGUGUGCCCCAAAGCGGAGCACCAAAAGUGCAGCAGUAGCACCACAAGUUUUUCUUAUUCCCAGAAGCCAAUCGCAGCAUACUCGUUCAACUAAACGUUCCGUCGUGUUGCAUUGUUCGAAAAUUGCUGUAACCGUGAGAGCACAGGAAAUACAGCGCAGCACCAACUACAAGCAAAGCGGAGAAGGAAAAACUAUAGUGUAAAGUGCUAUAAUAGUGACUAGUUGCAGCAGUAUUAAAGUUUUUUUUUCUGCUAACUUGUUUCUGUCGGCUUCGCAAGGAAGAGAAAGCCCGAGAAGGUGAGAUUUAAAUUUUUGCAGAUUUAACAACAUGCAAUUCCAAGGAAACGGUCAACCCCAUCCGGGAGGAUUCCGUCCACGUAGUGACAAACCGGACUUCUACGGUGGUGGUGGCGGUGGUCCCGGCGGCAAGCCACAUUUCAUGAACAAACCUGGUGGACCUCCACCAAUUCCUCCGUUUAAUCCGAAUGCGUACGGUGGACCAAAACCAAUGUACGGUAGCGGUCCCAAUGGACCAUCCGGAGGUCCCGGGGGGUUUAACAAGUUCCGCAGCAACAACUUUGGCGGGCCUACCGGAGUUGGAGGAAUGCCAAUAAAAAAAGAAUUCGGCGGACCAAAGUUGUACGGUAGCGGUCCGGGAAUGAAUGGCAGCGGAAAGCCCUUUUUUGAUAAACCGUUAGAUUCGUUCGGAGGCCCGAAAAAGUAUAACUCUAUGCCAAAUUCGUACGGCAACCGCAACGGUUACGGACCAAAACCUGAUUUCAACAACAUGAGUAAAGAAGAUCGUGCUAAAAUCCAAUCGCUUAAAGCGAAAUUCCCUGGUCAAGCAUUGGUUCCACCAAUCUGGGAAGAUCUGGAACCAUUCCAGAAAGACUUCUAUGUACCACAUCAAAAUGUUAUAAAUCGAUCUCCAGAAGAAGUCCAAUCAUUCCGUGAACGAAUGCAAGUCACAGUUAUGGGCAAUAGCGUACCACAUCCAGCGCAAAAUUUUGAAGAAGGCAAUUUCCCAGAUUUCGUAAUGAAUGAAAUCGAAAAGCAAGGCUUCCCAUCCCCGACAGCCAUUCAAGCGCAAGGUUGGCCAAUAGCAUUAUCUGGUCGAGAUUUGGUCGGAAUCGCGCAAACUGGAUCCGGCAAGACGCUUGCCUAUAUGUUACCCGGUAUCGUCCAUAUUGCAAACCAGAAACCACUACAACGAGGAGAAGGUCCCAUAGUUCUAGUGCUUGCCCCAACUCGUGAGCUAGCUCAGCAAAUCCAGACCGUAGUGAGAGACUUCGGUACACACUCUAAGCCGCAAAUUCGGUAUACUUGCAUCUUCGGUGGCGCGUUGAAAGGACCACAGGUACGCGACUUGGAGCGUGGUGUUGAGGUAGUUAUUGCAACUCCUGGUCGUCUAAUCGACUUCCUAGAGCGCGGUAUUACCAAUCUCCGUCGAUGCACAUAUCUUGUGUUAGAUGAAGCGGAUCGUAUGUUGGACAUGGGUUUUGAACCUCAGAUUCGCAAAAUUAUCGAGCAAAUUCGACCGGAUCGGCAAGUACUGAUGUGGUCUGCAACUUGGCCCAAAGAGGUUCAAGCGCUGGCGGAAGACUUUUUACAUGACUACAUUCAAAUUAACAUUGGAUCGCUUAAUCUGUCUGCAAAUCAUAAUAUUCAUCAGAUUGUUGAUAUUUGCGAGGAAAACGAAAAAGAGGGAAAACUUCUAGCACUACUGAAAGAAAUAGCAAGCGAUGCUAACAACAAAAUAAUCAUCUUCGUGGAAACAAAAAAGAAGGUAGAAGAUUUGCUCAAAAACAUUGUCAGAGACGGGUACGGAGCAACUUCUAUCCACGGGGACAAGUCCCAGUCGGAGCGUGAUUAUGUGCUACAGGACUUCAGGCACGGAAAAAGUACCAUUUUGGUAGCAACAGAUGUGGCAGCUAGAGGACUUGACGUGGAAGAUGUGAAAUAUGUUAUCAAUUUUGAUUACCCCAAUUCGUCAGAAGAUUACAUUCAUCGCAUUGGUCGUACAGGACGUUGUUCUUCAUUUGGAACGGCUUACACUUUCUUCACUCCAGGCAACGGUCGUCAGGCAAGGGAGCUGCUUUCGGUUCUGGAAGAAGCAGGACAGCAACCUACUACGGAGCUGAUUGAGAUGGCAAAACAGGUUCCCGGAGGAAAGGGUGGGCGCUGUCGAUAUAAUGUACGAGGAGCAUUGACAUCCAGUAAUUAUGGUUAUGGUCGCCCGGAUCAGAAUGGUUUUGGAGGCUCAAGAAUGUUCCCGAAAAAACCAUUUGAAAAUCGAUUUGGUGGACCGCCAAGCAACGGUGGCCUUGGAGGAAACCGUUUCAAUAGCAUGAAUGGUCCGAGCAAGUUUGGUGGACCCGGUGGAUAUCGCAGCGGAGGAGAUAGCUGGAACAAGAACGCUAAUGGCGGCGGUGGCUAUCAACAGCAGCAGCCACAGCAACCGCAACCACAACAGCAGACUGGACAACAGCUUUAUGAACCUCAUCAACAAAUGCGAUACCAUCCAAAGAACAUUUAUCAGAAUCACAAUCAGUAUGAAGAUUUUUCCAAUCAAAUGGUUGGCGGGGCACCACAAGCUUUUGGUGGCCAUAACGGAACACGUUUUUAUCAAAAUAAGCCCCAUCAGGGUGGUGGUGGCAUGCAGCAAUCUCAACCGAACGGUCGCUACAAUCCGAAUAAUCAAUAUAGCACUGAGGGUGGUCCGAAACCCUCGGGAGGACGUCCACCGUAUCAACCCAAACAGCAGUACAACAAUAACUAUGCUACAGCUGGUACUGCUAAUCCUUAUCCCGCUCAGUUGGCCGCAGCUGCUGCGGCGGCUGCCGCCGCUGUUGGCGGAGGACAAACUAUUCCAGCAGCUGGAUUCGCCACAGGCUUCGAUCCACUUGGAGGAGUUCAGGGAACCAUGGGUACAUUCGCGUCAUCGUAUCAGAUUCCAGCUGCGACAGCUUACUAUUCGUAUCCACCUGCAACAGCUCCUCCACCACCUCAAACCCAAGCACCACCGGUGGUUCCUCCGGUUCAACAAGCUGACGACGGGCGACAGAUGGGUUCGUACUCGCCGGCCGGCAUGAUGCCAUGCCAGUUGGUGUCAGUGGAGGAUUAUCCCCAUGGUUGUUAAAGCCUUUAGGGUGGAUAUGAAAGGCAGGAGGAGUAAUGCUUUCGUUUUUUUUUAUUUGAUGGCGUGAUAUGUAUGUAUGAAUGUGGAUGACGGUGAGAUGAACUGUCAGUUGGUAAAAAUUGUUAUUCUCCCGAAUAAUUUUCCUUGUGGAGCAAAAAGGACAACCUCUUGAACAUGGCAAGCUGAAUGAACAGAUGCAGGUGUGUACGAGUUGGGAUAUUGAUUUCACCUUCACUAGAUUGAUCGUGAACGAAAAAAAACAAAAGAAGAAUUAUUUUGUUUAAUAGCUAACAGCUGCAGUUACGUAUUUUUAUUACGAAUGUGUUAUUCAUCAAACAUGUUAUGUACAAACAGCAUUUCUUAAUGAAUACAAAAUGUCGAACAUUAUGUGAGCGUGGAAAGUUUUAGCACAACACUUGUACGCUGUGUUGUGUUGCAGUUUUAGGUAUAUUGAUAACGUAUCUAGUUUUAAAUCUCUCCGAUGGUGUUAAUGCCACUGCUUUUUUUGAAAUAAUGAAAAUGUGCAAAGCAACAACAACAUUCAAGAUAAUUAAAGCUGUAUUCAGCUACCUUGCAGGUUCUAAUUCCUUCUAUUUUUUUGAUGACUUAGUUUAUCAUCGAAUGGCAUCAGAAAUGUAACUCGAUUACGGAAAAUUAUUUCGAUUUAUGAAGCAGGUAUGAGCUAAAUGAUUGCUUUAUUUCUUCCGUUAACUUUACACAGAAAAGUAAAGAAAACUCAUUAAUACGGGCUAUUGCUGUAUAAAAAUGGAAUAUUUAAAGCUUCCUAAUAAAAUUCUACAAAUGAUGCGCAGAGUACAGCAGUAAAAAUUACACCAUUUGGAGUAGAUUAUAAAUUUUUACGUUAGAUAUACGACAGUACGAACCCACUCGUCGUCAAGUUUUGUUUCGUAUAGGGCAAUGUACGAAAUACAUAUGUGAUAUCCAAAAAAACGAAUAUAAGUCGAUCAACCACAGUAUAAAAGUCCGCGUCAACUGUUGCAAUCAAUCAUUGAACAAUUAAAAAAUGAAACUUUCUUAACUACACAUGAUAAGUAAACGGAAAUCACAUUACGUCCUAGUAGGAUGUUUUAUCACACAAAUUGGAAGGUUGAUCGACUUCAUGUAAGCUACAAAUCCUUCGUGAGAACGCGAGCAAAAUAAUAUUACUUGUACUAAACAUUUUCUACAAAUAUGUACGUAAAGCACCAGCGAGUAACCAACACGAAACAUCAUUGCUAUCGUUUUGUGUUAGUGGUGUUUGGUCCAUCGUGCAAUUGCUGCGGUGGUUGCAAUUUACAAAGGUAACCUGAAGCAACACCAUAAGAAAUAAAAUCAGAUAGGCAAACGUAUCAUGUAAAAGGUAGAUUGAUCCAAACAAAAGUUAGAGCAAUAGAGAUGCCGAGCGUUUGAAACUUUUCAUGAGUAUAUCGCGAGAAAACUAUAAAAACGAGACAAACGAAGAAGAAAGUUGAUAAAUAGGGCAAUAGAUAGUCUCCACUAAAGCAAGAGAUAAAGGUAUAUGCGAACGCAGAUAAGGAAAUACAAUCAAUUAUUGAGUAAAGAAAAACAAACACACAAUGAAGGCAAGAGACUUGAAACUUUUUUGUUUUAUUUUCUCAAAUUUGUGAUAUUCAUCGUUUUUAUUGUUCGUUAAGUUAUUAGAGACAUACGCACAUACGCUGACACAUAAAAAACGUAAAAUGCGCGAAUCGAAUAGCCUACGUUUUUAGGAAGUUUUGAAACGAAUUGUGUGAAAGCUCUUUCACAUUCGUCUCUAUCUCAACGUAAACUACGUAGUAAUUUUAGAGGUCACAUUCCUUUAAAACAAACGAUCAUUGUUUAGCUGGGUACGGCAGGGGAUGCUUUCCAAAGAGCCGGCCCUCUUUCCGUACACACACCCAGCUGAGAACAAUGCGUCAUUUUCUCAUUAAUAAAACUCUCACUUCAGUACCUGUCGUUAAAAGGAAAACAAACAAAAAGAGCGCGCGCGAGCAUCCAGGAAAUCUAAUAGUAAAAGAAAACCAGCGAAUGAUUAGAAAGACGAAUUUUAAUUUAAGCAUCAAUCUGAAGAUGAAAUGAGAUAUUGAAACUAUUUCAAAAGAAAUUAUAUAACAUUAAACAAACAGUAAUCAACAGUCGUCAGUUGAGGACAGUAGUAGUAAAACAAGAAAAUCGCGAGCAAAUCAAGGAUUUCCUUCACACAAAUCUAGUCUGAUUCCAUGUUGUUUUAUUUGUAUUUUCUUUAAUAAUAUUUAUCCUGCAUGGGAAAUCCAAAAUGUGAUAAAAACAAAUCGGACAGCCGUUUUGGCGGUUGUGACAUUAUAAAGAUUCUUUAUUUCGUAAAGAAAAAUGAAGAGAUGAGACUUAAAUCUCGUAAAAAAUGCGAAAAGUUCAAAACUAGUAUAACCGAACCUAUGAGUAAUUUAGGAAAACGCGAUCGACACCUGCGCGACAGUACUGUUAGAAUAUUCCUACGUAAGCGAAAACUUGGUGCGUUUUUCCUCUCCAAAGGCUAAACAGUAUUUUCACAUGCAAUUCGCAAACGCAAAUGCUAUUAAAUAACAAUCGAAAACGAUAUUUAAUAGCAUGCUACAUACAAGAACACAAAAAGGAAAGAAACCCAUAACCAAAUUGCCUUUAAUGAACUGUGAUCGAUAUUCAAUCUCUCGUCUCGUUCCUUUUUCUCUCUCUCAUCACUUUGUUGUGUAAAAGAAAAAAAGUAUCGCAACCAAGAGAAGAAACUCAUUUUUACACACUCUCAUUUGUUAUUAUCACUUACAAACUACAUGUUUCGUUAAUUUACAAUGGCUAAUAAGUACUAGAACAAUACAUUCGUGUGUGAUUCGGAGUUGUUUAUACUCUGGCUGACUGAUUAUUGUUGUUUAUAACUACUAGUUAGAAAAUGACAAAAUACAUUUAAUUGACACGAGAAAUGUAUGCCAAAAGUAUUUAUAUUGAUACAAGAGAAAAGGAAACUGAUUAAAUUAUGUUUAAAUCGAAAAAUUAAAAUUCGUCAAAUUGUUCCUAGCAAACCACGUGGUUUAUAUUUUAGUUUUCUUUAAGCUAGAAUCGUUAAACGAAACAAUUCGGUCGAAAUAUCUCAACUAAUUGAGACCCGGUUUACAACCAAACACAAAUGAAAUGCAAUAAAACAAAAAAGUUAACCACCAAACUUUCUUUCAUGGCUGAUGCAGGUACAACAGUUGAAAUUAAAGCUACAAUUGUUGCUUUUUGGAUCAAUUCAGAGAGACCAGAAACAGUAAGAAAUAUAGAAGAAACAGCCAAUCAGUAACAAUUUUUGAUACCGCCCAACCCAAUCAAAAAUUAGUUGAAUGAACAAUUUGCUGUCAGAUUUGUGCUGUUACACUUUUAAUGCUGGUAAAAUUCUGUGAUCCAUGUGAUAGGUAAUAAAAACGACAGCGUGAACGAAUGGGGAAAAACGAAAUUAUUAUCAACUUGAAGAAGAAAAAUCUCGCAACUGUGAAAUGACAAACGCGAAAAUAACAACACAUAAGAUACAAACGAUUCGGGUAACCUUGUAAUAUUGUUGUAUAAUGAGCGGUCGUUCCAAACAGACAACCUAAUUCCCUGAAAACUUCGACCCCUUACAUUCUUUUAAUUUCGGUUACAUUCCCUGGCAUUAUGACCUUUCCGCGUUUCAAACCAAAUUAGUUGAUCCUCUUCCUUCAGCAAUGGUAGUCUUGUUAGAACGACCCAAUACCAGGAAAGGUAGAUCUAUUGAAAGUCAUCCAAUUUUUCCAAAUGUAGGUAAGUCUUGUGCAAAUUUGGUGCGUCAGGAUAGCCGAUGCUAUUGAAUGAUAUAAUCAAUUUUACAAAUGAAACAUAAAAAUGAACGCUCGCCUCUCUAUACACAGAAAACACAUAAAAUCAAGAGACAAACAUAUGUAAAACGAGGAAAAAUCUGAUGGAAACAAAAAAACGGGAAGAACACUUUUUAUUUACAUACAUAAGGAGAAGGUAUCUUUUUUUCGUUGUGAUGCUGUUUUUCACAAGAAUACAGACAUUUUUUGUAACCCGCAGUGAAAGUUUAUAUAACGUUAGAAAAAUAUUUUUUAAAAAUGCAUAAAAAUCGUAUCACAUGGUGUGUUGAUUUGAUGAACACGACGAGGCACGAAGGGGUGAAACAAUAGUAUGCUUUCGAACACAAAGAAGUACCGUUACAGCGCUCCUUGAGAAUACGUCAACGGACUGCAGCAUGCAAAACGUAGACCCCUUUUGGCUUCUAUUACUAUUACUACACACAGAUACUGCUUAGAGAAAUAAAAUAUAUGAAGUUCUUUAAUGUAACCGUUUAAUGAACUGUAGGAAACUAAUAAAAUCUAUCAUAUUUAAUGGGCAAA